AUGAAAAAAGACAGAGAGAGAGAGAGAAAGGAAGACGUGAGUUUGUACAUUUUAAGGUUUGCCAACAGGUUGGAAUUUGGUAAUAAAACUCACCAGGUAUCGAUGACCGCUCUUAGACUCGUGCAGAGAAUGAAAAGGGAUUCAAUGCAUACGGGAAGGAGGCCGUCGGGUUUAUGCGGAGCUGCUUUGUUAAUGGCGGCGAGACUUCACGAAUUUAAUAGAUCGGUGUCGGACAUAAUAAAAAUAGUGAAGGUUCACGAAUCGACGUUGAGAAAAAGGUUGUUGGAAUUCGGGGAAACCCCGUCGAGUUCUCUGUCGUUGGAUGAAUUCAUGACGGUCGAUUUGGAAGAAGAACAAGAUCCUCCAUCAUUUAAAGCCGCGAGAAAAAAAGAUCAACACGAUCGGUUUCAAAAGAUAAUCGAAGGGGAUGAAAUGGGUCAAAAUUUGACGGCUCUUCAAAGGGAAAUAGAAAAAGAAUUGAACGAAUUGAGUUCGAAGAGAAAAGCGAAUCAUGUGAAAUCCUCUUCGGUUCCCAUUUCCGGUAACGAAGAAGAAUCCGAAAAUCAAGCUUUAAAUAAUUUUGUACAAAAAUUCACGAUAGAAGCCAUCGAAGAAUGCAUAAACAAACCGGGAGAAGAAGAAACGGGAAACGUUGAAAAUCAAGGACUUCCGCCCUCGUUCACCACUUUAGGUUUAAGUUCGAAUAUUUCGACGACGACGACGACGACGACGACGACGCCGACCCAAGAACAAACAUCACUCAACGUACCAGACGGAGAACUCGUUGCCGACGAUUUGGACGACGACGAACUCAAUCAAUACAUAAUGACGGAUCGGGAAGCAAAAUUCAAAGACAGCCUUUGGAUGAAAGUAAACGAAGAUUAUUUGCAAAGGCAAAAAGAAAGAGAAGAAAAAUUAGCCAAAGAAAAAGAAUGCGGGAAACCGGAAAAAAAGAGAAAGAAAUAUUCGUCGAAAAAAUCGAAAAAUGCUCCGGCUGCAAAUUCCGCGGGCGAAGCGUUCGAGAAAAUGUUACAAGAAAAGAAAAUGUCGACGAAAAUAAAUUACGACGUACUCAAAAGUUUGAUGCUUCCGAAGACGUCGGAAACGGACAACGAAGAUAAUAAAACGACGAACGUUCAAUCGUCGUCGACGACGACGAUGACGUCGAUGACGACGACGACGACGCAGCCCACGAAUAAAAGAGAAGAGAAAAAAUCGGAAAAUCAUCAUCAUCAUCAUCGGAUCGUUGGAAAAUCCGAAGAAACGACAAAAAUGGACGAAUCGGAAUCCCUCAUGGAUGACGGAGACAGAGAUGACGACAUGGAUGAGGGAGAAUGCGACGGAGCGACGGAACAACCGAGUGAAAUUUCACUAUCCCAAUUGUUAAAUCGUCACGAAAAUGGCGGCGACGACGAUUACGGUGAUAAUUACGAUGACGAAAUGGAAGAGGAUUAUUAA